UAGUGACACGCCCUCUCUGACCCACCAUGGUGCCCUUAGUGACGUGCCCUUUAUGACCUACCAUGGUGCCCUCAGUGACGUUCCCUUUCUGACCCACCAUGGUGCCCUUUGUGACGUGCCCUAGGUGACCCCCCAGGCCACCGUAUAAAAGGCAACGGGUCAUACCGCUCAUGCCAGUGUCCGGCAGGACAGUGACGGGACAGAGCGGGAGCGCAAGGCUGGCGCAGACCCCUGAGCGCAGCCCACGUUGUUCCCCGCUGCCCCAGCAGCCCUGCGGUGCCGAGACACUUCUUGGAACAUUCUUCGUUCCCCGCGCUACACCUUUGCCUUGUCUGAUGAGGAUGGCGGAGGGACACGCUGCAUCCAUGCAGUUCAUCCAGACUUUUCUGGAGAGCUCAGUGAAGGAGGAGGCUCAGAAGAUUCGGUUCCUGCAGACCGUCUCCACCCUGAGCAAGGAUGCCAGAGAUGAGGGCUUCACACAGAAACUGAAGGAGUUCUACCACCGAUUUCAGGUGGCAAAGAACAUCGAGGCGCUGGUGGAAGAGGAGCCCGUGGACCACCUGCACACGGCCGUGCGGCAGCAAGCCAUGCUUGCCCUCGCCCAUAUGAGCAAAGUGGAGAUGGCACUGGGGGGCAAGAAGAAAAGCCUUUUAGAGGCCUGUUUCAGGAGUGUCUUCUUGCUUCCUCCUAAAACAGACAUGCAGGGCCUAGACAAUUUCCUCUACUUUAAGACCCUGGAUGCCAUGGACAUCCUGCUUAAGAGCUUGGUGCUCAGCUCCCCUGGCUGCAAGGACCUGAGGAUUAUCUUGCAGAUGCUGCUGCCUUUCACCGACACUAAGAAUGCAGCUGCAUGUGAAAGGGCUGUGGUCAGGAUUGGGAAGCUGGUCGAUUUGAUGGACAGCUCUUCCUCGGUGCAGGUCUGGAGCUUGCUUACAGAUGACAACAGCUCUUCCCACGGCGACGCUAUCCAUGACCGCCUCCUGGGACAGCUGCUGGGACAUCUCAUUGUUUGCUGGACUAGCAAGAUCUGGGAGAUCCAGUAUGAGGCUUUGGAUACUCUUCAUUACCUCUGCAGAUGCAUCCAGCAGCAAAAAUGUGUGACAUCACCAGAGGAUGAUCUAAAGCAUCCCCAGUGUGGAGGCGAAAGGAAAGCUGGGAAACCCUCCUGGCUUUCCGUGUGCAGCACCAGGAGCAUUGUAAAGGUAAUGAGCUUCUCCCUUGCUGGGCCUUGUCCAGGGCAUCAGCAGGAGACUGGUGCAUUUGGGGAAGACCUCCGACCCCCUGAUAAGACGGUCAUCCUUGUCAAGGCCAUCGAGGCCAUGAGAGACUCAUGCACAUGCGACAAGGAGGAACUGAUCAGCAUUGUGGAUGUGGCCAUGACAGAACCUGCCUCCUGGCUGACGGAGGUGCCUCAGGCACCUUGA